GAAAUUCCAUCCGUCCGGGGUUCGGCUCUCGGGCAAGGGGGCCGCUCAGGCUUCCGUCCCUUCUCGGGACGAGCGUCUUUCCGAAGCUCGGCCUCGAUUCCGGAACAAGCCUUCGCUUCGUGAGUUCUGAUUGGCUGAGGCCAGGGCGGCCCCGCGCGCUGAUUGGCCCGCUCUUCGCGGGAAGGCGUUCGUGGCGCCAGUGUUAAGCGUGUACAAGGCGGCCGCGCCGGAGCGGCGGACGGUCCCGGGGUUUCCGUGUCGCCGAUCCGUGGGCCUCUCGGGAAGACCGCGACCAGGAUGUGGAAUAGCGGGCUCGACAGCUUCGGCAGCUCCACCUACGGCGGAGCGGGCGGCUACACGCAGUCCCCCGGCGGCUUCGGGUCGCCCACGGCCACGCAGAGCGAGAAGAAGUCGAGAGUCCGCGCCCAGCACAUCGUGCCCUGUACCAUAUCUCAGCUGCUUUCUGCUACUCUGACUGAUGAAGUGUUCAAAAUUGGGAAUGUUGAGAUUUCACAGGUCACUAUUGUGGGAAUCAUCAGACAUGCAGAGAAAGCUCCAACCAAUAUUGUUUACAAAAUAGACGACAUGACUGCUGCGCCCAUGGAUGUUCGGCAGUGGGUUGACACAGACGAUGCCAGUGGUGAAAACACUGUGGUUCCUCCAGAAACGUACGUGAAAGUGGCUGGCCACCUCAGGUCUUUCCAGAACAAGAAGAGCUUGGUGGCCUUUAAAAUCAUCCCCCUGGAAGAUAUGAAUGAGUUCACCGCACAUAUUCUAGAAGUGGUCAAUUCACACAUGAUGCUUAGCAAAGCCCACAACCAGGCCUCUGUAGGGAGACCAUCUAUCAGCAACUCAGGAAUGGGUGAGCCAGGAAACUACAGUGGGAAUAACUUCAUGCCAGCAAAUGGCCUCAAUGUGGUCCAAAACCAGGUACUGAAUUUGAUCAAGGCUUGCCCAAGACCAGAAGGAUUAAACUUUCAGGAUCUCAGGAGCCAGCUCCAGCACAUGCCUGUCGCCUCAGUCAAGCAAGCAGUGGAUUUUCUGUGCAACGAGGGACAUAUUUAUUCUACUGUGGAUGAUGAUCACUUUAAGUCUACAGAUGCAGAGUAACUGGAUCUCGUUGGGUCCUGAAACUUUUCCAGCUGGACCUGUGUGCAUCAUCUGUCGUCUCCAGCUCUGCAGGUUUUGGCCAGUGGCUUCUAGGACAGAAGUUUCAUAUAGAAAAUCUCAGCUGAAUCCUCUUGAAACUCACUGCUGUUGUUUUGUUGUUGUUUAGAGCUUCAAAAGGAGAUAGUUGAGAAGGAAGUAAACCAGGGUGGGAUUUCAGAACAGAGAUUUCGGGAAGUUAGUCAGGGACCCCAGGUUGGAUGGUCAGAGUUUAAAAGAGGAACACCACCGAGAGAGGAGGGCAGAGCUGCCUCCUCCCGCUUCCUGUUGAGGUGAUGGACAAUAUUAGGGCCAAAACAACCCACUACCUUCUGCCUGUUUUGUUUCCCAUUCUGGGUCUGUGGUGUUACUUUCGAAAUUGCACUUUUCCUUCCCCUUGUUUUGCUUGCAGCUGAGAGUAGGCUUAAGUGCGCGUGAGGUUCUAGUGUGGUCUCACAGGGCAGAGAGGAAGAAAUGUUACCGCAUUGUUUGUAAUAUAAAUGUCCAUAUGUUUAAUAAAACAGUUUAAUUGUAA